AUGGCCAGUCAGCCCGAGAAGCCCAGACUGAUUUGCGCGCCAUUAAUGGCUCAAUCGGCGGAGCAAACGCUGAACGAGAUGCAUCAGGCCAAGAUGGAAGGUGCUGACGUGGUGGAGAUCAGGCUGGGCUGUAACCCUAGUUUCGAACCUUCGAGAGACCUCAAAAUCCUGCUGGAAAACAAGCCAAUUCCUGUUGCUGUCGUCUGCUGGUCGUCAUGGGACGGCGUCCAACACGAAGUUGAUGAAAAGGAGCAGCUGCAAGCUCUUAUGUUGGCUAAAGAUUUAGGGGCUGAGUACAUAGAGUUGGAACUCGAGGUAGCAUUGACUCUCUUCAAAGAAGAUAAGUUGAGCCAGUUUAAGAGCAGUAAAAUAAUAGUAUCUUGCUACCUGGACAGCUUGACUGCUUCAAAGGAAGAUAUCAGCCAUCUUGUUGCAAAAAUGCAAUCCACUGAAGCGGAUAUCGUUAAACUUGUUUCGAAUGCAGCUGAUAUUACAGAAAUAGUUGAUGUCUUUGAGCUGCUUUUAAUUAGCCAGGCACCCGUAAUAGCUUACUGUACAGGGGAAAGAGGUCUUAUAAGUCAGUUGCUAAGUUUUAAAUUUGGCGGGGUGUUUGUAUAUGGACAUAUCGAAGGACAUGCAAUUCCAGGUCUCCCUAGUAUAGAUAGCCUUGCUCAAGCCUAUGGAGUGAAGAACAUAGAUAGGAAUACUCAAGUUUUUGGACUUAUCUCAAAACCUGUAAGUCAUAGCAAGGGCCCUCUAUUGCAUAAUCCUACAUUUAGAUAUGUGGGUUACAAUGGAAUAUAUGUUCCUAUGUUCGUGGAUGAUUUGAAGGCGUUCUUCAAUGUCUAUCCUAAUCCCGAUUUUGCUGGUUUCAGUGUUGGAUUCCCUUACAAGGAAACAAUAGUUGAUUUCUGUGACGAAGUGCAUCCACUUGCUCAGUUCAUUGGUGCAGUAAACACAAUAAUCAGGAGGCCUAGUGAUGGAAAGCUGAUAGGCUACAACACAGACUGCGAGGCUGCCAUAUCAGCAAUUGAAGAUGCUUUAAAUGAAUGUACAAACCGGGAAAGACUACACUCUUCACCAAUCAAAGGAAGGUUGUUUGUUGUUGUGGGUGCUGGGGGUGCCGGAAGAGCCCUGGCCUUUGGUGCUAAAACCAGGGGUGCCCGGAUUCUUGUUUUCGACAUUGAUUUUGAUAGGGCGAAAUCUCUAGCUGCUGCAGUAUCAGGCGAGGCUCUUUCUUUUGAAAAUCUGCUAAAUUUCAAGCCGGAGAAAGGUGCAAUCCUUGCAAAUGCAACCCCUUUAGGCAUGUAUCCGAACGUGGACCGAAUUCCUGUUCCGAAGGAAUCUUUGAUGGAUUACAAGCUCGUGUUCGAUGCAGUUUACACCCCUAGGAAAACUAGGCUUCUGAAAGAAGCUGAGACUGCUGGUGCUAUUGUCGUCAGUGGAGUUGAAAUGUUCCUUCGCCAGGCGGCUGCCCAAUUUAGUCUUUUCACCAGCCAAACAGCACCCGAAGAGUUCAUGAGAGGGAUUAUCUUGGAGAAAAGGAAAAGGAUCAUGGCUGUUUUACCUCGCUCAAGAAACGAGAAAACGAAACGGCUUGGGACUUCAGCUUCACUCGCUCGUGCACGGGGCCUUGACGUGAGGCUUGCGGGAAUCGUCGGGCGUGGCUCGUUGCUGCUGGUUGCUGCUCAUGGGAGGAGCUGGUGCUUCACGUGGUCGCUGGUACCUGCUGGUCGUCGCGAGCGGGAGGGGCUGGUGCUGGUCGGAAGGAAGAAGGCUCGCUCGUGA